UUCCCCCACGUUCACGAACAGCCAGCAUGAAAAUCUUGGUCACAGGCGCAUCCGGCGUUCUUGGGAGUGCCGUGUAUCAGGCCUUCAAGACACAUGGGCACAACGUCACUGGACUCGCCAACUCACGGCCAUCAGAGGGCCUUACGAAACUUAACCUACUGGAUGAGGCAGAAACGGCUGCAUUCUUCAAGAAUUGGAAGAAGGAUUCGAAUGAACCCGCAUGGGUUAUCCACUGCGCCGCUGAACGCCGGCCCGACGCGUUCACGAAUGAUGCGAAUAGCAUAGCUACAAAACUAAAUGUCGAAGUUCCACGGAACCUUGCCAGUUUCUCAUCAAGUCUCGGUUUCACGCUCAUAUAUAUCUCAACGGAUUAUGUCUUUGAUGGCCUCAAGGACAACAAGGAACGGACACCGUCAGGCUACCCCACAAGUGCUAAAACCAACCCCCUGCAGGCUUAUGGGGUAAGCAAGCGCGAUGGUGAGGAUAAGGUCCUCGCCGCCCGCGACAAUGAGGGUGCCAAAGCUACCGUGCUCAGGGUCCCCGUACUCUAUGGUCCAGCGCCGGAGAAUUCUGACACCGCAGUCAAUGUUCUAAUGGACUACGUAAUAGACAAGAAGAGCAGGGAGAUGGACGACUACGCAGCCCGUUACCCUACGAACGUUGUCGACAUCGCCAGGUUUUUGGUCCGGCUCUCGGCAUCGGAGAAGGACUUGCCUCGCAUCAUCCACUGUUCCGCCAAAGAACGUUUCACUAAGUAUCAAAUGUGCGGCGUGUUUGCCAGAAUCUUGCGUCAGGUUCCUGGGAGCGAAAACGUGUCCGUCGAACACCUGAAUCCCAUCAGUGCGGCUCCUACGGACGGUGUUGCCAGACCGUACGACUCUCAACUUGACAUUGAAGAGAACAAAGAUCUCGUCGGGGAAUUCAAGUGCUCAAGCUUCGAGAAGUGGUGCACAAGACAUCUGGAUCAUAGCAAGAAGAUCUUUGUCUCCAGACCCGGCGACUAUCCAGACGUGUAAGGGUGAGCGCAAGGUUCGAAAUUCGCGGAGGCAGUAUCGAACAGUAGUGUACAUCGUGCAUGUAAGAUUACAGUCUAGCCAAUAGAAGCACAACGAUGGCCGUUUCCAUCAAUUUUACUGCCC